GUCUCUGCCUUCCAAGAACUGAAAAAUGAAAAUCAACUCUCUCCUUCUCUCUCGUUUCUAUUUUCCGGUUUUGGUCGUAAUGGCAUGUCCUGCCGGACCCAUUGGUUUCGGGUGGCUAGACUGGUGCUUGUCCACCUUCUGACGGGGUCGGCGUAUGGAUGCGGCGCUAGUAAAUGCCGUCUGAAAGUGAUACCUCUUUCCGAUGAAUGAUUUUCAGAUCGAUUGCGUCCGCGGUGGUGAAUCAGACAUCCAAUUCGCGAUCAAAAAGGAGGGUUCUGAAACGGAUAGAAUUUCACCUUCUGCGAAGGAUCUCUCCUGAGGAAGUGGGAAAAGAAGGCGGUUUUGUUCGUUGGUUGGAUGAACAGGAUGUCUUCGAGCAACGCACAAUCUUCAGGGCUGAAGACCUAUUUCAAGACUCCGGAAGGGCGUUACAAGCUUCAUUACGAGAAGACGCAUCCAGCAGGGUUACUUCAUUACACCCAUGGAAAAGCGGUUGCGCAGGUGACCAUUGCUCAUCUCAGGGAUAAGCCUGCGGCUCCGCAGCCUGCAACAUCCUCCAGCCUGACAUCCAGCAGCGGCGUCAGGUUGGCAGCCAGGCUUUUAGGUGGUGGAAACGGAAGCCGCGGCUUGGGUUUCGUAGGCGGUAACGGAGCCAGUAAAACUGCUGCUGGGAAUAGCAGGAUCGGAUCUUUGGUAGCUCAUGGCGUCCCUGGGACGUCACCUACCGCUCCUGUCUGUUCAAAUUACGAUGGCAAAGGCACAUACCUCAUAUUCAAUGUUGGGGACACUCUUUUUAUCAGCGAUUACAAUUCGCACGACAAGGAUCCUAUUAAAGCCAUUCAUUUCGGCAAUUCUAAUCCAAUAUGCCAUGCUUUUGACCCCGAAGCAAAGGACGGCCAUGAUCUCUUGGUUGGCCUGAACUCUGGAGAUGUUUAUUCAGUUUCUCUGAGGCAACAACUGCAAGACCCUGGCAAGAAGCUUGUUGGCGCACAACAUUACAAUAAAGAUGGUACACUAAAUAACAGCAGAUGCACUAGUAUUACGUGGGUGCCUGAGGGAGACGGUCUCUUUGUUGUUGCUCAUGCUGAUGGAAACCUGUAUGUGUACGACAAGAACAAAGACAACACAGGAGAUUCUUCCUUCCCUGUUAUUAAGGACCAAACACAGUUUUCUGUUGCACAUGCAAAAUCCAAUAAGAGCAACCCAAUUGCAAGAUGGCAUAUCUGCCAGGGUUCUAUCAACAGCAUCUCCUUCUCAGCUGAUGGAUCAUUCUUGGCUACCGUUGGUAGAGAUGGUUACUUAAGGGUUUUUGAUUAUGCAAAUGAACAAUUGAUAUGCGGAGGGAAAAGCUACUAUGGUGCAUCACUGUGUUGCGCUUGGAGUUCUGAUAGCAAAUACAUAUUAACUGGAGGAGAGGAUGACUUAGUACAGGUUUGGAGUAUGGAAGAUCGCAAGGUAGUAGCUUGGGGUGAGGGCCACAACUCAUGGGUCAGUGGAGUUGCUUUUGAUUCAUAUUGGUCAUCUCCCUCUUCAGAUGGGACCAGUGAGAAUGUCAUGUAUCGGUUUGGUUCUGUUGGCCAGGACACUCAACUGCUUCUAUGGGACUUGGUGAUGGAUGAGAUCGUUGUGCCACUGCGUCGAUGUCCACCUGGAGGUUCACCUACGUUUAGCAGUGGAAGCCAGUCGUCCCAUUGGGACAGUCUUUCCCCCGUUGGCACUCUUCAGUCUGCUCCAAGCAUGAGAGACGUGCCAAAGCUCUCUCCCGUUGUUGCUCAUCGCGUGCACGCAGAACCCCUUUCCGGUCUGCUUUUUACUAGCGACUCUGUUAUUACCGUCUGUCGCGAAGGACAUCUGAAAAUAUGGAUGAGACCUGGGAAUGGCGACAGUUUGCCCGUCAAUCAAGAAGCAACGAAUUCCCUCAAAGGAUAAAUAGCAGCCAUUUCUAGUAAAAUUGGCCGUUAUUUUUGUACAAACAUUAAGAACCCUGAAUGAAGUGUUUCAUUUCAUUUGCACCCUCCA